GAUGACGCAAUGCUCCUUGAUUGGCUCUGCAUCGGAGGCGGUGGUCUAGGGAGUCGAGAAUUCUGCAAGCCAGACACGUGGUAGCGGACGGCGAGGAGUUUGAGGGGUCUUAAGCCCAAAAAAGUUAGGAGUUUUGCAGGACCUGGAAGAAUCCCUGAGGAUGAAGCUAAAUCUUACAAAGGUAGUUAAUGGCUGCCGCCUGGGAAAAAUAAAAAACCUAGGCAAAACAGGGGACUGCACCAUGGACAUUCCGGGCUGCCUUCUGUACACCAAGACUGGGUCUGCCCCACACCUGACCCAUCACACACUGCAUAAAAUCCAUGGGGUUCCUGCCAUGGCUCAGCUUACGCUGUCAUCACUGGCAGAACAUCAUGAAGUCCUGGCAGAAUAUAAGGAAGGAGUUGGAAAGUUUAUAGGCAUGCCAGAAUCGCUUUUGUACUGCUCCCUGCACGAUCCAGUCAGUCCCUGCCCAGCUGGUUAUGUCACAAAUAAGUCUGUGUCUGUGUGGGGUGUUGGAGGACGAGUGGAAAUUACUGCGUCCAAGUUCAUGGCAAUGCAGCAGGCCCUUCAGCCAGACUGGUUCCAGUGCCUUGCAGAUGGAGAGGCAACUUGUGAUGAAGCGACUUCCAUGAAAAGGGCCAGAAAGUCUGUUGACCGAUCACUUCUCUUCCUGGAUAAUUGUUUGAAGCUACAGGAAGAGUCUGAGGUCCUUCAGAAAAGCAUGAUCAUCGGAGUGAUUGAAGGUGGAGACGUUUUGGAAGAAAGGCUGAGGUCAGCACGAGAGACAGCCAAGCGGCCUGUAGGUGGCUUCCUUCUGGACGGCUUGCAAGGGAAUCCAGCGACCCUGGAGACGCGACUGCACUUGCUGUCAUCAGUCACUGCGGAGCUGCCCGAGGACAAACCGAGGCUCAUCUGCGGUGUUAGCCGGCCAGAUGAGGUGCUCGAGUGUAUUGAAAGAGGAGUGGACUUAUUUGAGAGCUUUUUCCCGUAUCAAGUGACAGAGCGGGGAUGCGCCCUGACUUUCAGCUUUGAUUACCAGCCGAAUCCUGAAGAGACAUUAUUACAACAAAAUGGGACACAGGAAGAAAUAAAAUGUGUGGAUCAAACAAAGAAAAUUAAAACAACCAGUUGCAACCAAGAAAUGACGUCAUUUGAAAUUAAUCUGAAGGAAAAAAAGUACCAGGAGGACUUCGGUCCGCUCGUGAGGGGGUGUUCCUGUUACUGCUGUAAGAAUCACACUCGUGCGUACAUCCACCAUCUGCUGGUGACCAACGAGCUGUUGGCCGGGGUCCUGCUUAUGAUGCACAACUUUGAACACUACUUUGGAUUUUUCCACUCCAUCCGGGAAGCACUGAAAAGUGACAGACUGGCCCAGUUGAAAGAGCUCAUCCACAGGCAAGCAUCUUGAGACCCAGCAAACGCAGUCUGACCCUCACAUGGAGCCUGUACCAUUGCUGUGACGUGAGAAGAGAGAGCAAGAAGUGAUCUUAGCGUUAAUCACUUAUAUUUGAAAAUAAAGUCUGCUCGAGUAAGGAACGUCUGUACCAAACUCUGCCCACGUGAGGCUAAAGAGACUUCUUCUUAAGACUUAAAUGACCUAGAUGGAUCAGAAUCGAAACAUGACCUUUAAUAUUUCUAUGCUAACUCUUUUAGGCAACAGAGAUUCAUUUAGUCAAAGAUAAAAGCUUUAGAUGUGAAGGGACAGCCUUGAAGUGAGGAAGAUGAGAUUCUGAGGGUUCACUGAGUUAGACUGGAGCUUGAAGGGAGAUGAUGGGUCAAAAGUAGCAUGACCUCUGGACACAUGCCUGCUGACCGAGAAGGCAUCUGGCUGCUUCAAGUGUUCUCUUCAUUUUGAUCCUUAUAUUCUCAGGGGCCUCUUUUGGACACUUCUGCCUUCCAAGCUGUCCCGGCCGUGCAAUCAACCAGAAAUGACUUUUGUGACUUAACCAGGCUCACAUCUCCAUGGAAUGUGGUGCUCACACAUUGCCCCAGUGAUCCAUUGGCCCAGGGCACACUCUUCAUUUGACCAUAUGGUCUUUCUGUGAUUUGUCUCCCUAGAGUCAAUGCAGUUGCCUAUGAGGAGCUGAAAGUCUGCCUAACUGCUUUCAUCUGUUUAUACAGAUCCACUGUGGUCUGCCCUUCAGGCUCAUUCGUAGUCUAACCACAUAAUAACCAUAGCUCCAUCACUUGGGGAGAUUCAGUCACCAUGUGUUUACUUGGACAGAGCCCUGGCCUGGCAGUUAAAGAACUGGGUUUCAGUUUUACUCAGCUGUGACACUUGGGCAAAUCAUUAACCUCUCCAUGCCUGUUUCCUCCGGAUUAAGUGGGCACAGGCAUCGUGGAUAGGAAAUGUCUAAGAUUCUGUCUAGCUCUAAUCUUUGGGGAACAAGAAGUUUUAGGUUAGAGCUGUAGCCUUACUUGUGUCCUUGUUUAUUGAUCACUAUUGACCCGAUUUAAAAAAAAAAAAAAAAAUGCAGUGGUGUCAGGACUCGGGCAACAGUAGAGAUAUCUGAGAGCCUAAAAAGAGAUUUGGCCUGUGGAUUUUAAAGUGGUUGGUAAAUCAGCAGAUCCUGAGGCUGGGAAGAACUUCCCUGAUCACCUCUGAUUCUAUGAAUUUUUUUUCUGCUCUCAUUAGAGGAGUGAUGUUCAUGUUGAUGGUGUGACAGGUGUUUUUUAUUUUCUUUGUGCUUUUCUAUAUUUGUCAAGUCUUCUGUAAGUAUAUACAUACAUGCACGUGUACAUACAUAGUUUUUAUAAAAACAGCCGCAGAACCAAAAUGACGCCUUUGUUUUAUUUAUACCAGUGUGAAAUAUAUUUGUCUUACAUUCUUAAGCUAUAGUUUUCUGUUUGUUCAUUUUAGUGGGCAUUACUGAACAUUGUUUUUAAUAAUUUUGUGGUUACUGUACUUUUAUGUGUUGGGUGCCCCUCGAUGUGGCUUUAUUAGUGGUUUAGGAAUGCCCAUGAAUUUCAAAGUUAAUAAAUUCUGGAAUUCAUAGAUAUUCCUAUAACCUCUCCAAUGAAUGGCAAGGGUACUUAUGAAAGAAAAAGUUUCUAUUAUCAGGGAUCUGAUUGUUUUGAAAUAUAUUGGAUUGGACUUGUUCAUAUAUUUAUAUUCCUGUUCAAUUCCAAACCCAUUGUUGGAGGAAUAUUAGUAAAUAUCCCAGAAUCAUAUAAAAUUUAGGAGUUUUAUUUGUGUAUAAAACACUGAAUUCUGCCCAACAUUGUCCAUUUUUCUCGGUCUUUUUCUUAUUAGCACAUUUGAAAAAAAUGUUUCUUUCUUUUAAUGUAAAUCUAUUAAGGUCAAUAGCCAAAAACAUUUUUAAUUAAAAAAAUAUACUAGUCUGGUUUCUUGUAAAUAGUAAUGAGUCUAUUAAACAAAACAUUAAAUUUCCAUGGUACCAGAAAUGUUCUCCAUUAGAAAAGAAUUUUUUCUAUGUUUACUCCAUCUGGAGUCAUUGUUUUAAAUGCAUUCACAUUUAAAUGCAGAGUCCAAGAAGGAGAUUCAGGGAUGCACCUGUCUCUUUAAAUUAUAUAAUCAGGGGCCUUGAGGCUGUGCUAGCACAUAAUAAAAAAAUAAUAAAAGUCGCAAUCUAUGGGAGUACUUUAUACGUGCCAGGCAUCUUAGGAAAUGCUUUCCAUACGUAUCUCAUUGACUCUUAGAACGUGGCUGUGAGGUGUUGAUAUUCUUAUUCCUAUCCUGAGUUUUUAGGAAGGUUGAAUAGCCUGCCUGAGGGCUUACCAGGCAUUUCUGUAAGGGGGAGUCAUUUGCCUAAGGCCCCACCGCCAAUCACCUCCCAGGUUAGACUUGGCGCCACCUGACUGUGACUCAACGGUUAACCACUGCACUGGCUCCUUGUGACUUGCUCCUGAGUUGCAGGGGCUACGAGAAGCAAGGACUAAAUAGAGGAGCUUUCUGGCCCUGAGGUAUAGGGUGCUUCCGGAGCUUUGCUACAGCUUGGUCCUGGCUCCCACUCCGGGGGGGAAUAGCUGGCACUGGCUUAUGUAGCCCACGGUACCUUGCUGGCACUGGUAGGUCUGCUGGUGCUCAUCCCUCCUGCCCCUACUCUGGGGACUAAUCACACCUUGAAUGGAAUUGAAAGGGUUUGGGUCUGUGAUCAGUUAAAGUGGAUUCUUGGGGAGGAAUAUUUUAUUAUGCCUGUAUGCCUUGGUGGAGGAAUAUUUUAAUAUUCUCUGGGAAUAAAGGGAAAAGAUUCUUUUAAAACAUUUUUUCAAACCAAAUACUUGUGUAAUUAAAGCAUUUUAAUAAAAAUUUCAAACAAAGACCAUCAAAA